AUGCAGAAGGGAAGAGGGAGAACAAGCCGAAUGAGAAGACGAAAGCGCUUCAAAAGUUCUGAAUCCGGAGGAGUGAAUGAGAGCUACAAGUCUGAAUUUAUAGCGCUUAGGAAGUGGCUGAAAGAUAGGAAGUUUGAAGAUACAAAUUUAACACCUGCUCGCUUUCCAGGUACUGGAAGAGGACUGAUGAGCAAAACAUCCCUGCAGGUGGGACAGAUGAUUAUUUCACUGCCUGAGAGUUGCCUGCUUACCACGGACACGGUGAUUAGAAGUUACUUAGGAGCUUACAUUACUAAGUGGCAGCCGCCUCCAUCUCCUCUGCUGGCUCUCUGCACCUUUCUAGUCUCAGAAAAGCAUGCUGGGGACCAGUCUCCAUGGAAGCCUUACCUAGAGACUCUACCUGAGGCCUACACUUGCCCUGUUUGUUUGGAACCGGAAGUUGUGAAUCUUCUUCCCAGGCCUUUAAUAACAAAGGCCCAAGAGCAGAGGGCCUGGGUGCAGAAGUUUUUUACAUCCUCCAGAGACUUUUUCUUGUCCCUGCAGCCUCUCUUCUCCCAGGCAGUGGGCAGCAUCUUCACCUACAGCGCCCUCCUGUGGGCCUGGUGCACUGUUAACACCAGAGCUGUGUACCUGAGACACAGGCAGCGCAGGUGCUUCUCCGUGGAGCCGGACACGUGUGCGCUCGCCCCGUACUUGGAUCUGCUGAACCACAGUCCAGACGUCCAGGUAAAAGCAGCGUUCAAUGAGGAAACUCGCUGUUAUGAAAUUAGAGCGGCUUCAGGUUACAGAAAACACGAAGAGGUGUUCAUCUGCUAUGGUCCCCAUGAUAACCACAGCCUGCUCUUGGAAUAUGGAUUUGUUUCCACCGGGAAUCCUCACGCUUGUGUUUAUGUCCCAAGAGAUAUUCUUGUUAAAUAUCUCCCAUCAGCGGAUAAGCAGAUGAACAAAAAGAUUUCCAUUUUAAAAGACCAUGGCUUUAUAGACAAUUUGACAUUCGGAUGGGAUGGCCCAUCUUGGAGGUUACUUACAGCUCUCAAGUUGUUAUGUCUGCAAGCUGGAGAAUUUACAUGCUGGAAAAAAGUCCUUCUUGGCGAAAUCAUUUCAAAUACAAAUGAGAAGACAAGUUUGGACAUAACCCAGAAGAUCUGCUCUUAUUUUAUAGAGGAAUCUAAUGCUAUGCUUCAAAAGGUUUCUCAUAUGAAGGAUGAAGAAGUGGCUUUGAUAAACCACCUGACUUUGGUAGAAACUUUAUGGACAGAAGAGCUAAAGAUUCUGCAAGCGUCUGCUGCCGUUCUAAGCAAUUUGCAAACAGCUUUCACCUAA